GGUCGAUAGAAAAAUAUAAACAGGAUUUGGCACACACUCGUGCUUUCACACCCUAAAACGACAACUACUACUCUUGUUCUCUGCUCCACAACCCCAAUCUGAAGUUAACGUGUUCAUCACAGCAACACGAAAUGGCUACGGAAUGCAGCAUCCCUGUGAUAGAUCUACAAGAUUUUCCCAACCAAUCAUCCAAACUGAUCGCGGCGUGUGAAGAGUGGGGCUGCUUUAGGCUGCUCAACCACCAUGAAGUCCUUCCAGUGACGCUGAUGUCCGAGAUGAAGGCCGUUGUUAAGUCACUCUUUGACUCACCGGUGGAGAUCAAGCGCAGGAAUGUCGACGUCAUCCCCGGAAGUGGAUAUAUGGCUCCCACGACCAAGAAGCAGCUGCUGGAAGCACUUGGCGUUUACGAGAUGACCUCCCUCCGUGACCUCGACGAGUUUUGCUCUCAACUGGAUGUGUCACCUCAUCAAAGGGAGACAAUAAUAAGAUACACCGAAGCAGUACAUGAGCUUUUUGUGGGGAUCGGAAAGAAAUUAGCUGAAGGUUUAGGCGCGAAAACUGAAAAUAUUGGAAUUGAGAAGUGGUCAUAUUUGUUUAAGAUGAACAAAUACCACUUCACACCUGAAAGUGUUGGACUCCCAGGUAUCAACACACACACAGACUCUGGUUUCCUUACAAUCCUCCAAGAUGAUGAAGGCAUUGGGGGUCUAGAAGUUAUGAACAAGUCCGGGGACUUCAUUCCCGUCGCCCCUUGGCCAAACACCCUUCUUGUUAACAUCGGUGACAUGGCAAAUGUGUGGAGCAAUGGAAGAUUUCACAAUGUGAAGCAUAGGGUGCAAUGCAAAGAACCAAAGAUACGAGUGUCGAUUGCAUCAUUCCUUUUAGGACCAAGAGGGACAAUGGAACCUUUACCAGAACUUGUGGAUGAUGAGCAUCCGCGCAAGUACAUCCCUACCAGUUUUGAAGAUUACAGGAAACUGAGGUUCGCAACAAAGUUGCAUGCGGGUGAAGCUCUUGAACAACUCUUGUACACACCUAGCUCAGACAAGAUAUAACCCAUGUUUGGUUCACUCGGUUAAUUUAGAAUAAGUUUUCUAGAUUGUAAACAUACAACUGCCAAUCCAUAGCAAAUAAGUUGGUCGCUAAACAUAUUCGCUACAAAUUCAUUCAUUUUCGCUACAUAAGUUUUGCUACGGAUUUUACCAUGUAGUUUGUUGUGAAUUUGGCUAUAUUCAGGGGCGAAGGAUAAGAGGGGCGGGGAGGGGCGCCCGCCCCCCCGAAUUUUUCGCUCAGUAGUGUUAUAUAUGUAGUUUUCGUAUAGAAAUUUGUGGGUAUAUACGUUUUCGCCCCCCCGGUUCUAUAGAAAUUUUUGGGUAUAUACGUUUUCGCCCCUCGGCCGAAAAAUUCAAGCUUCGCCACUAGCUAUAUUCUUUUGCUAAGGCAUGGAUUUGUCACUGUAUCUCAAACGUGUGACCUAGUAUUAUUCUUUAGUUGUGACAAUGAAUUUGUCAUACAUUCCUUCAUUAACCAUUGUUGGAGGUGAGAGCCUUUCAAGCCUGAUUGCAGUGGAGUUGGGUACACAUAUAACUAAGGAAUGGACUUCAAUAACUUUUUUUUUGUUUA